AGUGACGUGACUUACGGUGGUAUGUAAUUAAUGAUUAUCAUUUCACAUAAUCAGCAGUUCAGUUGGUUUGUCGUCUCCAGAAGAAGAAAGGCUAGUUGGUUGCAGGAUCAAUAAGGAGAUUGUGUAGUAGCAGAAAGAAGCAAGAGACAGCUCGGGGUUCCUUGCUGCACUGUCGCGAAACACUAGGGUCUAUUAGCUCCACGACCACCUCCCACCCUCCCCCACCUCCCCAUGUCCACCCCAGCAGAGACCUCAGUCUCGGUCUCCCCCCUCUCCCUUCGGAGAUGGUGGCUCCACCCCUAUACCAGUGGGUAAACCUCCGGGCAGCCCUCAGGGUAUGGAGAACGCCUUCAAAAAGAGAAAGUGCUUUGCUGAUAGAAAAAGAGACGUGGAUGAAAUAGCCAAGCGGCAUCCAAACAAAGUCCCACUGAUAGUGGAGCGUGGUAGGAGGGAGAAACACUUGCCGCUGUUGGACAAGUCAAAGUUUCUAGUUCCCGAGGAGUUGAACAUGAUGCCAACUCACGGCCAUCAUCCGGUGAGAUCUCCGAGUUUUUUGGUUCACAAUCUCCCUCCCUCAAUCUUUCUACAAAGGCUACAGCUAACAGAUUCCCAGGCAUUCUACCUCCUCAUUAAUGGCCGUACGAUGGCAGGGGCGUCCAUGAUGCUACGUGACGUGUACUCCUCAGACAAGGACGACGACGGAUUUCUCUACUGCACAUACACCUCUCAGGAGGCCUUUGGCUGAACUCUCUCUAGUCCCGGUCUAGAUGCACCAUAUAUUAUACCCACAGUAUUUUAUCUUCUUGACUGAUUUGCACACUGUCAUUUUGUGUGCCUCCAUGUAUAUAUACCGUCUGUGCAUGUGUCUUCAGUGUUUGUGAGGUUUGUGCCUGCUUCAAUUGUGUGUGUUUGGACCAAUUUGUGUUUGUAUGUGUGUGUGUGUGUGUGUGUGUGUGUAUAUGUUGACUCCAUACUAUACGCUGUCAGAGUUUUUGAAUCUUUGCCCCAUAAUCAUUUGAGACAUCGAGUGAUAUUUUGUGUGUUUUUGCUCAGGCAGUAGUAAAAAAAUCUAUGAUGUUUAAUGAUAAUUAGACUGCCAUGAGUUAACAUAGGACAUAAUAUAAG